AUGAAUGCUAUCACCAUAGGAGAAAUCCAUCAAAUGACUCUGGCUUGUCUGGAUAAAAUGUGCGAACAACAGAAGCUGUUCAAAGAUAUCAUUGACAACAGUAAAGCUUUGAAGAAUGUAUGCCAGAAGUCUCACCUUGCCAUUAAAUGCAAGGAAAAGAAUUGUGAAUGCAAGACAAAGAAGAAAGCACAUUACAAGAAGCAUCCUCUGGUUCAAACCCCUUUCAAGCAAAAGAAAGGAAGAAGGUCAGUCAGAUACUUUCGAAAGAAAAGAACGGGUACAAAGAAGUCUGAAAGGUGUUAUAUCUGUGGCAAUCGAGGUCAUUAUGCCAAGAACUGCCCAAGAAACCCUAAUAAGGCAGUUAAGCUAUUACAACACAUACAGCAGGCCUCUCACAUCUCCCUGGAACAUGAUGAUGUCGAAUCCUCGUUCUCAACAGGAUGA